UUGGGCUUUUGGUUUCGAACGCUUGGCUCACACUCAGUAGUCUUUGACCGUAAGAGCCAACUUCAACAGCAUAAUUUUCAGCCCCUUUCGUCGUCACCGUCACCAACACCGGAUCAACAGCAAAAACCGCAACCAAGUAACCCAGGGUCUUUAGUCUUCAGCAGUCAGGCCACAAAUCAGGUUGAAAGCGCCCUCCGAUUUUAUUCUCCUCCGUGCACUCAACUAACAGCCAGCUUGAGUCCAUCGAGACGUUUCUGCAAAGCCAAACCACCGUAUUUUCAAGGUUUAUGGAUAGCAUGUGGACUGACAGGAAUCAUGUCUAUUCACACAUAUGCGGUGAUGUUUGAUGGCUCAGAUAUGGUUAGACCAAGGGAACAUUCCUCUGAAAGUGAGGAGAAGAAGAAAGAGAGCAAAGGUGAAGAGGACGGUAAAUCCAAAGAUGAACCUAACAAAUCCAAGGAUGAGGGCAGAAACAAGCAGUCUUCGGACAAAGACAAGAGUAAGGAAUGA